ACACAGUUCGACAGCAGGAGGCACCUCAGCUGACGGAGUUAACGGUAAUCUAAGAAAAGGCAUGUGUGAGCCAGCCGAGGACCUGUACGCCGUGCUGGGAGCCAGCCCCUCAGACUCAGUGCAGCAGCUCCGACACAGGUACCAGCAGCUGGCCCUACAGUACCACCCUGACCGUCUUGUGGGGGAGAGCCCGUCAGAGACCAAGUCUUCUCUGCAGAGGUUCCUGCAGGUGGACGCAGCCUGGAGGAUUCUCAGCGACCCGGACAGCAGGAGGCAGUACGACCUGCAGAGGAGAGCACAAGAGCUGAAACAGGACUGGCCGGAGGACUCCACCGUGUUUCUGGAGGACAUGAGCUGGGACCCGGGUGAGCGCUUGUACACACACUGCUGCCGCUGUGGAGGAGCGUUCCUGGUGUCUCAGGAGGAGGUGGAGGAGGAGCAGCCAGAGGAAGGCCAGAGAGCAGGACUGCUGGUCUGCUGUGACACCUGCUCCCUCAGCAUUCACGUCACAUGGCUCUCACACUCACAGCCCUUCAGGGACUCUCCGGACUGACAGCCGAUCCAGCGGCAAAGCCUCCUUUGAGCAAGGCACAGAAAUCCUCCUGGGACUGACAGACUGCUUCCACUGCUUGCUAUGCAGCAUGCUGGUUUAUUUCCCUCCAAAAAUAAACGGAUCUU